AUGAAAAUCACUAAAAGUACAAUUAUUUUCCUCUUAUGCAUCCUUAUCGCCUCUGGCGUUAUUGCCCAAGCACCAUCAGGAGCACCUUCAGGUGCUAAGGCUCCUCCUACUGGUGUCUCUGGCGCUGGUCCUAGUGCUGCUCCCGCUGGUGCCGCUCCCAGUGCCGCUCCCAGUAGUGCUCCCGCUGGUGCCGCUCCCAGUGGUGCUUCCGCUGGUGCCGCUCCCAGUGGUGCUCCCGCUGGUGGUGCUCCCCCUGGUAACUCUACCAGUGGUGGACCUGGUGGAUCCCCUAAGGGUCCUGCUCCAUCUGGUGGUGCUGGAGGUUCACCAACUUCUUCAUCUGCAUCAGCCACCGCUACCAAAUCAGCUGCUGCUUCAAACGUUCGCGUUGGAAACUUUGAAAUGGUCAUUGUUUCUUUCAUUGCUUUAUUCGUUGGUUUAUUAUAUUAA